ACUGUGACGGUGGCUCUUGGCCCAGCUGCACCAUGAAGAAAAUACCUUCGAAAUUCAAUAGUCUUGCAAGGAUGUCGAAAGACCGAAAACGGAUCGAGAGGUAAAACAAAGUCUGUACCAAUCUUUUAUUUCGAUCUUUUACUUUUUAGUUUUUAUUUACUUGCUGAUGGUCUUGCACUCUUGCUAAAUGCUCAUGCUGUCGCUCCCCAAAACCCUCUUCCUGUUUUCGUCCGGCCAUCUGUCGUCGGGCCACUUGUCUGCUUGUUUUUCCUGGCCUUUCCUCUUCCGACGCAUCAAUCGAUCCUUGAGUCGAGGAGCACUGCGAUGACGACGACCGACACCAGCGAGCUGGGCCCUCGUGGCGUGGCCAACGAGACGCCGCCGUCAGAUUCCGGAAGCCCUUUUCCUACUUUUCCUACUUUCCCUACUUUCCCUACUACCCCUCUCUCGGCAACGCCGCCGGGAGCUCCGCGCCCGCGCCCGGUGCGGCGGACGUCCAGGAUGGAGGAUCUGCUCGACAAGGUCGUGCUGCUGCUCCGUGCCUUCGCAGGCCUCUUCUCUCUCGUCUCCCUUAUCGUCCUCGCCUCCAAUAAGCACGGCGACUGGGAGGAUUUCUCUCGGUACCAGGAAUACCGGUACUUGCUGGCUGUUUCCGUCCUCGCGUUCGCCUACUCGAUGGCUCAGACUAUCAGACAGAGGAGCCAGACAAGGGGUGGGUUGGAUUUGGUGCCUAUACAAUAUUCAUGGAUCGUGGAUUUUUCUGGAGACCAGGUGAUUGCAUACCUGCUAAUCUCGGCAUCCUCUGCAGCCAUUCCAAUCACAAAUCAUAUGCGAGAAACGGUGACAAAUAUCUUCACAGAUGCAUCAGCAGCUUCUAUCAGCAUGGCGUUCUUAGCUUUCAUAGCCCUUGCAGUAUCAUCUCUCAUCUCUGGCUACAGAGUCUCAAAGAACUACAUAUGAACAAACAUCCUUGAAAUAUUCUGCAUGAUCUAAACUUUUUCUUUUCUUUCUUCAGUAAAGCUUUGUACUGACCCCUGCAAGAGUGUUUUUUAUUUCAAAUUUCUGUAUUGUCUCAUUGUUUGAACUGACCUUCAAUCUGUACAGUAUGAUUGUUCUUGGAAUUUUCUGUGCCUCA